AUGACUGCGGCCGUGCCCCUGACAGCCCAACAACAGGAAGUGGUGACCUUUCAGGAUGUGGCUGUGUACUUCACACGCACAGAAUGGGCUCUCCUUUCGCUCGCACAGAAGACUCUGUACCGAAAAGUAAUGCUGGAGAAUUAUGGGAACUUGACUUCCCUGGGAUACUCAGUUCCUAAGCCUUCUCUUAUCUCACGCUUGGAGGGAAAGGCUUUGCUGUGGGGCCUGGGGCCAAAGGAUCGUUCACUUGCAGAGAGCGCCAAAGAUCAAAGUAAAGAUGGUGAAGCCAACAAUGACAAUGAGUCCACAUCAGCACAGAAACUCUCUAGACGAAGAGACAAGAUGCUCGAACGUAGGCUGCAGCAGAGGGUCCCUCGGAGAGCUGACUUUCCGCAAACACGUGAACUGGAGAAGUGCCAGGAGAUCCUCACAGCAAAACGUACAAAGGGAGAAAGAAUCCCCUGUGCAAGGCAACUCUUCUCAUGUGAGGAGUGUGGAAGAUGCUUCCGCUAUUUCUCUUACUAUGAACGGCACCAGAGAGUGCACACUGGCGAGAAACCCUUUGAAUGUAACGAGUGUGGAAAAGCCUUUAACGGCAAUUCAUCACUCGUCCGUCAUCAGAAAAUCCACACUCGAGAGAGAGCCUACCAAUGUGAGGCAUGUGGGAGAGCCUUCAGUGAUAAUGCCAGCCUGACUAGACACCAGAGAAUCCACAGUGGGGACAGACCCUAUCACUAUAAGGAGUGUGGCAGUCAUUCUGAGGUUGUUACACACCAAAGAUUCCACACUGGAGAGAAACCCUACGAAUGUGGUGAGCGCGGAAAGGCUUGGGUUGGGAAUUCACCACAAAUUCAGCAUCAGAAAAUUCACACUGGAGAGAAGCCCUGUGGAUGUAAUGAAUGUGGCAAAAGCUUCACAAGGACUUCCCUCCUUAGUCAACACCAGCGUAUUCACACAGGGGAAAAGCCUUACACUUGUAAACUGUGCAGCCACGCCUUCAGUUGUCAUACAAAGCUAACUCAGCAUCAGAAGAUCCACAGUGACGGGAAGCCCUUUCCGUGUGUAGAUUGCGGGAAGGCCUUCAUCUCUAAGGAACAACUCAAGAGGCACCACAGAAUCCACAUUCCGUUGUCUUCCUUUGUAUGUGAUGUGUGCGGACAAGACUUCAGCAGCAAAGGAAAUCUUUUUCAGCAUCAGCAACGUCACACCGGAGAGAAAUCCUAUGAGUGUAGCAAAUAUGAGAAAACUUUCAGGACUACUUUCCAGCUCGGUCCUCAUGAGCAUGUCCAACCUGAGGAGAAGCCAGUGCUGGACAUUUGUCAUUUUGGCCUCCCCGAAUUUUUUACCCCCUUUUAUUGGUAA